CCCCGGCAAACCCUACCCACUCUCGUUUAGGCGAAAAAGAAAGAGCCAAGGAAACCUGUCUUCGAAGCAACCCUAGCAAGGAGGAUGUUGGAGCUUAGGCUAGUGCAGGGAAGUCUUCUGAAGAAGGUCAUCGAGGCGAUCAAGGAUCUGGUGACCGAUGCUAACUUCGAUUGCUCGGCGACGGGGUUCUCCCUCCAAGCAAUGGACUCGAGCCAUGUCGCCCUCGUUGCUCUCCUCCUCCGAUCCGAGGGCUUCGAGCACUACCGCUGCGAUCGAAACAUCUCUAUGGGGAUGAACCUCAACAACAUGUCUAAGAUGCUGAAAUGCGCUGGAAACGAUGAUAUCAUCACCAUCAAGGGCGACGAUGGUAGCGACACUGUCACUUUCAUGUUCGAGAGCCCUAAACAAGAUAAGAUUUCAGAUUUUGAGAUGAAGCUUAUGGACAUUGACAGCGAACAUCUAGGCAUUCCAGAGGCAGAAUAUCAUGCAAUUGUGAAGAUGCCGUCUUCAGAAUUUGCAAGAAUUUGUAAGGAUCUCAGCAGCAUAGGAGAUACUGUUGUUAUUUCAGUUACCAAGGAGGGAGUUAAAUUCUCUACCAGAGGGGAUAUUGGAACUGCGAACAUAGUCUGUAGGCAGAAUAAGACUGUUGAUAAGCCAGAGGAAGCUACUAUCAUUGAGAUGAAUGAGCCCGUAAGCUUAACUUUCGCUCUGAGAUAUCUGAAUUCUUUUACCAAAGCCACUUCACUCUCCGAGGCUGUUACAAUGAGCCUUUCUUCUGAGCUGCCGCUGGUCAUCGAGUACAAAAUUGCAGAUAUGGGUUAUAUUAGAUUUUAUUUGGCUCCAAAAAUUGAAGAUGAUGAAGAGGAAAUGAAGCCUUAAUUUUUUUUUUCUUUUCCACGUCGAUGAUUUUUACCUUUCUUUUAUUUAUGUCCUUUUGGUAGAUCUCUCUUUAUAAGAAAUGUUAAUUGACACCUUAAGAUGUGGAGUGAUUUUAUGUUUUCUUCUCUU